ACCACCAAAUCGCUCACAGCUCAGCCGCAAUGCGACCCAUGUCUAACCCGUUGGGUACGAUCAGCCUUCGCAGACAUGUGGCGCGCGCAGUCAGCUCCGUACGAGGGUAAGUCACACUUAAAGCGUGCGUGUGAUGCCGCAAUCGCACUGGCCCAACCAUCUGCCAAUCUGCCCCUCCCCCACCGUAGGCGCAACCACCUUUCACAUCAUCUCUACCUAGAGCCUUCGUAUACCUUUUCAUCGUAGACAUCAAUACACACUACUUUCAAGAACGACAUGUCAGGUCAGGACUACUACGGUCAGGGCCAAGGCCACGAGCAAGGCUACGGCUACAGCCACGGCGGCGCAUACCAGCAGCCCCAACAGCCGCAGCAUGGCUACGGAGAGCAUAACCAGGGCUAUCCCCCUCAAGCUCAGGCGUACGGACAGCAGCCGCACGACCAGUACGGUCAGGGACAUCACAGUCCCUACCCGCAAGGACAGAGCUCCUACCCCCCGCCGUCGCACGACCCGUACGGACAACCUCCCCAGCACGGCUACGGUGCCCCGCCCCAGGGCCAGUACCAACAGAGCUACGACCCGAACCGCAGCACUUCUCCAUACCCUCCUCAGGGACAUCAGCAGCAAGGCUACCACGACCCCAACCAGCAGUAUGGAGCGCAUCCACAGCAGGGCCAUCAUGACCCACAACAAGGCUAUGGUGCGCCGGCAUAUGGUCAACCCGGUGCGCCUGGCGGCCCUGGCGAAGGCGACCGCGGCCUGGGUUCAGCCCUGAUGGGAGGUGCAGGCGGUGCGUUCGUGGGUAACAAGCUCGGCGGCGGAGCUUUGGGCACGCUUGGAGGAGCGCUUCUGGGAGCAGUUGGCGCCAACCUCAUACCUGAUAAGAAGGAGAAGAAGCACAAGAAACACAAGAAGCACGGCAGCUCUGAGCACGGCUCACACCACGGUUCACACCAUGGGUCUUCGCAUCAUGGGUCGCAUCACGGAUCUUCGUACCACAGUCAUAGCCACAAAAGUCAUAGUAGGAGCCGUAGCAGGGGCGGCAAGAGCAGUUCCAGUUCCAGUAGCGACUCGGACUAGAGACACUGCGCAUGUCGAGUGUUUCUGGCUUGGUAAAUGCAGAGCGCACGCUGUGAUGGCAAGGCCAUAGUCAUACUUCUCUUGAAUAAGAUCCGUUCAUAAAGCUAAAAA